GCAUUAUAACACACAAACGCAAGUCAACUUUGCAUUAUAACUGCAUUUACCUCCUGUUUCCUCUUGUUCUCUGCCAUGGCUGAUUCAAACUCCGGUGACAAAGAAGCGCAUCGCUCUAGCGAUCAAAGCGGAAAGCGUGGUGGCUGGAUCACUUUACCAUUCAUGCUCGUUACAUUGUUAGGCAUGUCCAUAACUUCUUUCGGAUGGGGAAUGAACUUGAUCGUCUUUUUGAUCGAGGAAUUCAACAUCAAGAACAUUGCUGCUGCUCAGAUUUCAAAUAUUGUCAAUGGUGUUGUCAACAUGUUGCCUGUUGUUGCAGCCAUCCUAGCCGAUUCCUUUUUCGGGAACAUUCCCGUCAUCUCGGUCUCCGCUUUCAUUUCUCUGAUUGGAGUCUCUAUCUUGACCUUAAUCACAUCUUUGGACUACUUGAUACCUAGACCGUGUGAAACAGGCUCAAUCCUAUGCCAGUCGCCGUCAAAACUACAACUCGGGAUCUUGUAUGCAGCCUUAGCUCUAGUGAUUAUUGGAUCAGCUGGGACGCGGUUCACCUUGGCAGCCGCAGGUGCGAACCAAUAUAAGAAACCGAAAGAACAAGGACGCUUCUUCAACUGGUUCUUCGUCUCAUUAUAUAUCGGAGCGGUUACUGGCACAACAGCAAUUGUAUAUACACAGGACAAUGUUAGUUGGAAACUUGGGUUUGGUCUCUGUGCCGCUGCUAAUUUGAUAGGUUUCAUCGUUUUCAUCGCCGGGAAGAGAUUCUACAAGCAUGACAAGCCCUUGGGAAGUCCUUAUACAAGCCUGAUACGCGUUUUAGUUGCUGCUACAAUGAAAAGAAAGGCUGUGAUUUCAUCGAAAGACGAAGACUAUCAUCACUAUGGUCUCAAAAAAGAGGCCAAGACUUCUACUACAAUGCCCUCCAAGACCUUCAGGUUCUUGAACCGUGCAGCAUUGAAGACCGACGAAGAUUUAAACCCGAGUGGUGACUCAAUUACUAACAUGUGGAGGAUAUGCUCUGUUCAAGAAGUAGAAGAUUUCAAAGCCGUUCUCCGACUUGUCCCUCUCUGGGCAGCCGUCAUGUUCCUCAGCACUCCUGUGGCAGUGCAAAUGAGCAUGACGGUUCUCCAAGCUUUGGUCAUGGACCGCGAACUUGGCCCGCACUUCAAUGUCUCUGCCGGCUUACUCUGUUUCGUCAUGGCUGGUUCGGUAUCUGGUGAUGAAACAGAAGCGCAGAUCUCUGGUGAUUGCAAGCGCGGUGGCUGGAUCACAUUUCCUUUCAUAAUAGCCACGUUGUUAGGUAUUUCAGUGACUUCUUAUGGAUGGUUCAAUCCUAUGCCAAUCCCCAUCAAAACUCCACCUCGGGAUCUUGUAUGCAGCCUUAGCUCUAGUGACCGCUGGACACAAAGGAACCUUCUUCCACUGGUACUUCCUUACGCUGCUAAUUUGAUCAGUUUCAUCGUUUUUAUCUCCGGGAAGAGAUUCUACAAGCAUGAAAAACCAAUGGGAAGUCCCUUCACAAGCUCUGAUACUACUACGACCAUGGAGCUUCCAUCUCCUUACAACUCAAGAAAGGAGGAAUCAACCGUUCCUCCUAAGAGAGGCCGAAUCAAGAUCAUGAUUGUUCGUGAUCUAAUGAAUCAUCUUCGAAUCUUAGCGAGAAACUCGCUGCGGCGGCGGGAUUUUAAUCUCCGAUCACCGUCUCGUUUCUUUAGUAACAUCUCACCGGAAUCGAAUCGCUCGUCUUUUGGCAUUGCAUUCGAUAUCGAUGGAGUUAUUCUUCUUGGUUCCUCUCCCGUUGGUGGCUCUCCUGGUGCUCUCCGACGACUCUACGAUGAUUCCGGUGCUUUGAAGAUACCUUUCUUAUUCUUGACUAAUGGAGGUGGCUUGCCCGAAUCUAAACGGGCCUCUGAGAUGAGUCGUUUAUUAGGUGUUCAUGUUUCUCCAUUGCAGGUUGUACAAGGACAUUCACCUUUCCGGAAGCUAGUGAAUAGGUUUGAAAAUGAGCUAGUUGUUGCAGCUGGAAAAGGGGAACCUGCCGCGGUGAUGUCUAAUUAUGGUUUCAAAAACGUCGUUUCAAUGGACGAAUAUGCCUCUUACUUUGACAACAUUGAUCCCUUGGCGCCAUAUAAGAAAUUGAUGUUCGGGCAGGAUGGUCACAAGGAACUUAGAUCAAGAGAAAAUGUUCUAUCCCAAAGAGUUCAGGCAGCAUUUAUAGUUAGUGAUCCAGUUGAUUGGAGCCGAGACAUCCAGGUUCUUUGUGACAUUUUACGAACUGGAGGACUUCCUGGGAAAGAAAUUGGACCUCAACCUCAUUUGUACUUUGCCAGUGACGAUUUAGAUUACCAGACUGCGUUUCCUACUGAACGUCUUGGCAUGGGAGCUUUUAGAAUCGCGUUAGAAUCAAUCUUCAACAGAAUCCAUGAUAACCCUCUGGAGUACACAUCUUUUGGCAAACCAAAUCCAUUUGUGUUCAAGAACGCAGAAGAUGUUCUGAAAGAAAUCGCUACAUCCCCUCAUUCUUCAAACCAAGGAAGUCACCACUUCAGAACACUAUAUAUGAUUGGUGACAACCCUAAAAUCGACAUCAGAGGCGCCCGUCAGGCUGGGACUCCUUGGUUCUCAAUCUUAACAAGAACCGGAGUUUUCAAAGGAAAAGAUAACCAUGCCGAGUUUCCUGCUGAUCUGGUAGUUGACACCGUCGAGGAAGCAGUUGAUUUCAUUUUGACAAGAGAGUCUGCCAAGCAAAGCUAACUGUUAUGAGUUAUAUCACUCUCAUUUUUUCUGGCUAGUCCAAAGUAUUAUUUCUUGACGAUUUGAGAUUUUAUUCAACUUUUAUUUAACAUAUUGGUUAUUUUCACGGCGAGGCCAAAGAAAUGGUGUAAAAUAACCAAGUAAACAGAAACUAGUGAU